AGAAGGGGAAGAAGUCUUCGAAAAUUAGGUCUAAGGAGCAUAGGGAAAGGAAGAAGAAGUAUAUUUCAACACUUGAGUGUAAAAUUAAAAAAUUGUUGAAAGAAAAUCAAGAUUUGAAACAAGAAGUCACGAGGUUGAAGGGACCAUUGGAUAAUAUUACUUCAAUGUUUUAGGUGAUAAAUUGAUGAACAAUCCUGAAGAAGUUAGGUACUCUGCUCUUGAGCAGAGUUAUCAACAGAUUUCUGAUUUCAGCGAUCAAAGAAAUGAAUUUAUCAAGACUAGCUUUAAAAACAUCCUGGAUAGCUUAAUGAACCCCGAAAACAAAGCUUGGAGGGUGAGUUUCAAAAACUGCACUCCAACCCAACUCAAAAGAAAAUUCUGAUGCAAAUAAGCGGAUUCUCAAAUGUGUGGACAAGGACCAUCCUGAUUACAUAGAAAGCGUGCUUGCCGAGACUGACCUGCCAAGCCCCCAGAUAGUACAGUUCAUUGAGGAAUAUGGAAAGGACAUACAGAGUUAUAUGAAGAAGAUGGCCUCUUUAGCACAGAAGUUGGUGAAGAUUAGGAACGAGAUUUUAAACCUACAUCAGAAAGGAAGAGUUUGGUCUGAUUAUGAAGAGGUCGAAGGUGUUGUGUAUUCAAAAAAUGAUGCAUUGACAGGGAUAAAAAUGUAUAACAAGUUUAAAUCAACCAAAGCGUUUACUCCUCAUUAUAUCUGGGAUAUACCUCUAAAGACUCACAAUAACAAUCUUUACGAAGAUGGGGAAAUGACUGAAACCCCAAUUGAUCAAUAAAUCAAAAAAUCUAUCAAAUUCUUCUCAA